AUGCAAAGCGGCAGAUGCCAGGAUGACUACAUUGAACUCUAUGACGGGCCUCCACACUCUUCCCCACUUCUUGGGAGACUUUGUUCUGGUUUCUUUCCCACCUACGUAUCCUCUUCAAACAUGAUGACCAUUCGCUUUCACAGCGAUUCUAGAUACACCUUCAGAGGGUUUCAGGCUCACUACUCCUCCAUUCCAGCAGAUCACAACACUACCCUUCAGUGCUUGCCAGACUACAUGCAUGCGGUGGUUAGCAGAGACUAUCUCCAGUCUCAAGGUUACUCGGCACAGAUGGUCACCCUGAAUGACAGUCGCUGCAAACCAACAGUCACGUCACAGGAGGUUAUCUUCAACAUUCCCUAUAAUGGCUGUGGGACGAUGCGAGAGGAGAACAAUGAUACAAUCAACUAUUCCAACAUGAUCAAAUUUAGAUCUUCUGGCUCCAUAAUCAAGAGGAAAAAGGAUAUUCACUUACAUAUCAGCUGCAAAAUGCUACAGAAGACAUGGAUACAAAUAAUGUAUGUCGCUGAGGAUACUGUAGACGUGCAUGAAAAUCAGUUUGGAAGAUAUGAUGUGAACAUCACUUUUUAUGACUCCUCAUCAUUCUUACAUCAAGUGCAUGACUUCCCAUACUACAUUGACUUGAACCAAAAUUUGUACCUUCAAGUUUAUCUUCACAGCUCUGACCCAAAUCUGGUGGUGUUUGUGGAGGCAUGCAUGGCAUCACCUGAUCCACAUGAUUUUAGCACUCUCACCUACAAUAUACUCGAGAACGGAUGUGGAGAUUCUUCCUAUGCCACAUAUUCCUUCCCUGACAGCCACUUUGCUCGGUUCAAAUUUAAUGCCUUUGAGUUCAUUAGCCGCCAUCCGUUAGUCUACCUGCAGUGUGAGCUGGUGGUGUGCAGGCUCCGUGACUAUUCCUCCCGCUGCUACCAGGGCUGCAUUAGCAGGUCCAAGAGAGAUACGAGUCCUGCCGAGGAAAAAGUGAACGUGGUUGUUGGACCACUUCAGCUUCGAGAAGGGGGUGCUCAGAGUAGGAAUACUGUUUCAGAUCCACAACUGCGCCUGGUAUCUGGAGGGGACCGAUGCUCUGGGAGGGUUGAAGUUUACCAUGCAGGCAAAUGGGGGACAGUCUGUGAUGAUCUCUUUGGUAUGAACAGCGGCAGUGUUGUAUGCAGGCAACUUGAUUGUGGUCAAGUUGUCUCUGUCUUGGGAUGGUCUUAUUUUGGCCCUGGCAAAGAAGACAUCCACCUGGAUGAUGUGCAGUGUAGAGGAACUGAAUCUUACCUUUGGGACUGUCAGCACGCCGGCUGGAACAGACAUAACUGUGGACACAAUGAAGAUGUCGGCGUCAUCUGUUCAGGUAAAAAAAAGACCCUGCGACUGGCAGACGGCGACGGCAAGUGCUCGGGCCGCGUCGAGCUCUAUCACAACGGCAGCUGGGGAACGGUCUGCGACGACGCCUGGGAGCUGGCGGACGCCAAGGUGGUGUGCAGGAGGCUGGGGUGCGGAGAAGCUCUGCUAGCUGUGUCUGAAGCCCAGUUUGGUCCAGGCUCUGGGAACAUCCUCCUCGAUGACGUGCAGUGCAGAGGGGAUGAAGCCGACCUGUGGGAGUGUUCCCACAGAGGGAUCGCUGUCCAUAAUUGCCAACAUAAAGAGGAUGCCAGCGUCAUUUGUGCAGUUUUCCAGCGAUUCUAUACUCUGACUGGAAACACGUGUGCAGUUGUAGAGCCCGCGUCACUGCAGCCUCUGUGCCAUGGCAAGUGGUGGUCCAUGGACAAAGCUCAUCCGGGUGGCGGGCACUCUAUGAGCUUGAAAUGA